AAUCACGUAUAUUCGUGGCUUGAAAUCAUCUAAAAUUUCGUGAACUUUUUGAUAAGGCCUUUCGGUCUGACACGAUUUGUUUAGCAUGCAAGUAUGGAUGCUUUGCGUUCUGAACAGCGUUCAAAAGGAAACCUAAGAUAUAUAUUGCAAUCGUAUUUUUUGAUAUUUCGGUCGUGUUGUCAAUUCAAGUGCUUUAAAAACAUGGACUUAUUUGAAUAUUCAAAUGAGAUGCUAGUAUUAUUACGUCUAUCAAUACGAGCGUCGACUGACUUGGCAGGCGUUUAGCAUCGGGGAAGAAACACACAAUAUAUCAACACUUUCCGACUUAUUUGGCGGCUCGUGUCUUGCGAGGCCCAGCGAUCUGCUGUUGACAAAAACCUGGAUAGCUUAGAGGGCUUUUAAGCUCAAUAGAAACGAACGUUAUCGUGUUGUUAUGUCGAAAGACGACGAGGAGACAUACACGUAUUUAUUUAAAGUUGUCCUGAUAGGCGACAGCGGAGUUGGCAAGUCCCAGCUUUUGACAAGGUACACAAAGAAUGAUUUUCAACUGAGCUCAAAACCAACCAUUGGCGUGGAACUCGCUCAUGAAGAUAUAGAAAUUGAUGGAAGAAUCAUUCGUGCUCAGAUCUGGGACACAGCAGGCCAAGAACGAUAUCGGGCGAUCACAAGUGCGUAUUAUCGCGGGGCACUUGGCGCCAUUAUAGUGUACGACAUUACAAACACGAAGAGUUACGAGAAUGUCGAAUUAUGGGUCGACGAGUUACGACAGCAUACGGACGAUAAAAUCGUUUUAAUGCUUGUUGGCAAUAAGGUCGAUUUGCGCCAUUUGCGCGCGGUCGAAAAGGAGACUGCGUCGAGUUAUGCCGUUGAAAACAAAAUGCACUUCGUAGAAACGUCGGCUCUGAACGCGAUGAAUGUCGACGUUGCUUUUGAGAGCACUUUGCGCAAAAUCUACGAAAUUGUUCGCGAACAGGAGAGCGAUCGGAACGAGGCCGAGAAUGAACAGGCAUCGAUGCUGAAUAAAAAAAUGAACGGAGAGAGUUCGGUUCGCUUAAAGGAGGAUGCCAACACAGAUAAAGUUCGGCCAUCUUGUUGUUCGUAAUCACGGGGUAUCGUUCGCUCUUUGGUGAGAAGUUGUAUCAUUAAAGUAAAGUUAAAACUGAUUUCGACGCUAUUUUGCUUCGCAAAAACGGGCAAAGAUGAACGAAUGUUUUGAAACUAUAUGUGCAGUUUACAUCUGGGAUAACGGCAUCGCUGGUUUACGUGUCUGCACGAAAGCCUGUAUGCUCGGAAGUUGACGGAGAACGACGUUGUCCGGCGCACUGGUGUCGCUGUCCAGGUUCAAUAUGUGGAACAUAAAUGUCAGAAACUAAUAUAGGAUGAAUUUCCUCUGGCCAUGGAUAUGUGAAUUCUUGUAUUGUAAAGUCUUAUCUCAUUAAA